AUGACUAUGAAUUUUGGCAAUAUGACCCUUGGGGGUGCUGCGGCAACCUUUGGGGGUCAGUCGAACCCGAUGUGCAAUUAUACCAGCCCUCUUGCCAAGAAGUUCGUGUAUAAGGAGAUGGGGAAGGUUUACUAUCCCCUUCGGCGUCACGUUUUCCGUCUAAAGGUGCGUACUGCCGCUGAAAUCCGUUUUAACGACAUUGUUAAACGGUACAUGAAGGACAAAAUGAGCUUCAAGCGAGGGUGCUAUGCGGCAACCAUCACGAAUACGGUGGAGCUGGAUCACAUGGGAAGUAUUAUUCCCAAGGACGAGUACGAGGUACGACGUCUUACAAGCUACAUGACGAGCAAGAAGAUGAGCAACGACUACAAAAAACACAUCCAGGAGCUAUGGACCCGUGUGCUUUUUGUUUGUGAGUCUACAAACCUUGUUGGCGUAACGGAGAAUGCCAUGCAUCAGAACGCUCGUCCCGGUACCGAUGAAGAAUUUAUGGCCCUUAUUUGGUAUUCCACAUUUGCGAGCACUCUGUUUGCUUUUGUUAUAACUCUCUGUAUUUGGUGGUACAGGUACGGUCAGGCUCCACAAUACGCCGAAUUUAAGUAG